AUGGAAGCUCAUAAACAGACGAGUUUCACAUUUGAGAUCGAUAACUUCUCCGAGAAGCAAUUUGUGAUAUCAUCAACAACAUUCUUAAGCGGCGGCUGCAAAUGGUAUGUCAAGGUUCAUCCAAAAGGAGAUCAUAUUGAUGAUCACAUGUCUAUGUACCUAUGCGUUGCGAAUCCUGAAUCAUUGCGAUUCGGAUGGAAAAGAAGAGCUAGUUUCUCCAUGGCUCUACUGAAUCAAUCUGGCAAAGAGCUCUACAGAAAAGAUGGCAAUAUAUUUACUUGA